AAUUACAGAGUAGCUCUUGUGGAAACCCAGGAGUCCCACCCAAAGGUGUAUUAUAUGGUACAAGAUUUGACGUUGGGGACAAGAUCCGCUACAGCUGUGUGACUGGAUAUAUCCUGGAUGGCCACCCUCAGCUCACGUGUAUAGCCAAUACAGUUAAUACAGCCUCUUGGGAUUUUCCUGUACCCAUCUGUAGAGCUGAAGAUGCAUGUGGAGGAACCAUGAGAGGAUCCAGUGGUAUUAUAUCAAGCCCUAGUUUUCCCAAUGAAUACCAUAACAAUGCCGAUUGCACUUGGACCAUUGUAGCGGAGCCCGGGGACACGAUUUCACUCAUAUUUACCGAUUUCCAAAUGGAAGAAAAGUAUGAUUACUUAGAAAUCGAAGGUUCUGAGCCACCUACAAUAUGGUUAUCUGGAAUGAAUAUACCACCACCAAUUAUCAGCAACAAAAACUGGCUCAGACUGCAUUUUGUUACAGACAGCAAUCACAGAUAUCGUGGAUUUAGUGCUCCGUAUCAAGGUUCUUCUACAUUGACCCUCACUACCUCCACUGGUGAGUUAGAGGAGCAUAACAGGACUGCCACUGGUGCUAUUGCUGUUGCUAGCACAUCUGCAGAUGUUACUGUAUCCAGUGUUACAGCUGUCACCAUCCAUAGACUUUCCGAGGAACAGCGAGUGCAAGUUACGAAUCUCAGAAAUGCAGGUCUGGACCCCAACACGUCCAAGGACGGGCUCCCUCCUCAUCAAGCAGAUACACAAAGUACAAGGAGAAGACCAAGAAAUGCUGAACAGAUAGAAAGAACUAACGAGCUUGCAGUUGUUACUCAUAGAGUGAAAAAGGCCAUAGAUUUUAAAUCUAGAGGAUUUAAAUUGUUUCCAGGGAAAGACAACAGCAACAAGUUUUCUAUCUUAAAUGAGGGAGGUAUUAAAACAGCUUCCAAUUUAUGUCCAGAUCCAGGUGAACCAGAAAAUGGGAAGAGAGUUGGAUCAGAUUUUAGCCUGGGAUCAACUGUGCAGUUUUCUUGUGAUGAAGAUUAUGUCCUACAGGGCGCUAAGAGCAUCACCUGUCAGCGAAUAGCUGAAGUCUUUGCUGCUUGGAGUGAUCACAGGCCCGUAUGUAAAGUGAAGACAUGUGGCUCUAAUCUUCAAGGACCAAGCGGAACCUUUACGUCUCCCAACUUUCCCUUCCAGUAUGACAGCAAUGCACAGUGCGUCUGGGUCAUCACAGCGGUGAAUACAAAUAAGAUAAUACAAGUAAAUUUUAAGAAAUGUGACCUUGAGAUCGGCUAUGAUACUUUGACAAUUGGUGAUGGGGGUGAAGUGGGAGACCCCCGAACAGUGCUCCAAGUUCUCACUGGAAGCUUUGUGCCAGACCUGAUAGUGAGCAUGAGUAGCCAAAUGUGGCUGCAUCUUCAAACAGACGAAAGUGUGGGAUCUGUUGGAUUCAAGGUUAACUACAAAGAAAUUGAAAAAGAAAGUUGUGGCGAUCCCGGUACCCCUUUAUAUGGAAUUAGAGAAGGCGAUGGAUUUUCUAAUCGUGAUGUUCUGAGGUUCGAAUGCCAGUUUGGGUUUGAAUUAAUUGGAGAAAAAUCCAUUGUUUGUCAAGAGAAUAACCAAUGGUCUGCAAACAUACCCAUCUGUAUCUUCCCUUGCCUCUCUAACUUCACCGCACCUAUGGGAACAGUCCUUUCUCCUGAUUACCCGGAAGGAUAUGGGAAUAAUCUAAACUGCAUCUGGACAAUAAUCUCUGACCCAGGGAGUCGGAUCCACCUUUCUUUUAAUGACUUUGAUCUGGAAUCUCAGUUUGACUUCCUUGCUGUUAAAGACGGUGACUCUCCAGACUCCCCGAUUCUCGGAACCUUCACCGGGGCUGAGGUGCCCUCCCAUCUUACUAGUAACAGUCAUAUCCUGCGGCUGGAAUUUCAAGCUGACCACUCAAUGUCAGGACGUGGCUUCAACAUCACCUACAACACGUUUGGGCAUAAUGAGUGUCCUGAUCCUGGAAUACCAAUCAACGCAAGGCGGUUUGGGGACAACUUUCAAUUGGGAAGUUCGAUUUCAGUCAUUUGUGAAGAAGGAUUUAUUAAAACCCAGGGAACGGAAACAAUCACAUGUAUUCUCAUGGAUGGAAAAGUGAUGUGGAGUGGACCAAUCCCAAGAUGUGGAGCUCCAUGUGGUGGCCAUUUCUCAGCUCCCAGCGGACUGAUCCUCUCUCCGGGAUGGCCAGGGUACUAUAAAGACUCUCUGAAUUGUGAGUGGGUGAUUGAAGCUGAACCCGGACACUCUAUCAAAAUUACAUUUGAAAGAUUUCAGACUGAACUAAAUUAUGAUGUUCUGGAAGUUCAUGAUGGGCCAAAUCUUCUAUCCCCCUUGCUUGGAUCUUACAAUGGCACACAAGUGCCCCAGUUUCUAUUUAGUAGUAGUAAUUUUAUAUACCUUCUAUUUACAACAGACAACAGCCGUUCUAAUAAUGGCUUCAAGAUUCAUUAUGAAAGUGUAACAGUGAACACCUAUUCUUGUUUGGACCCUGGCAUACCUGUACAUGGCCGUCGCUAUGGUCACGAUUUCUCCAUCGGAUCUACUGUUUCAUUUAGUUGUGACCCAGGAUACAGGCUAAGCCAUGAAGAGCCCCUUCUGUGUGAAAAAAACCACUGGUGGAGUCAUCCACUUCCAACCUGUGAUGCAUUAUGUGGAGGAGAUGUUAGAGGGCCUAGCGGAACAAUCUUAUCACCUGGUUACCCAGAAUUUUAUCCAAAUUCUCUGAAUUGUACUUGGACUGUUGAUGUAACCCAUGGAAAAGGUGUGCAGUUCAACUUCCACACCUUUCAUUUGGAAGACCAUCACGACUACUUACUGAUCACCGAGAACGGGAGUUUCACGCAACCACUGGCACGCCUGACUGGUUCCGAGCUUCCUUCAACCAUCAAUGCUGGCCUCUAUGGAAAUUUCAGGGCUCAGUUGCGCUUCAUUUCUGAUUUUUCAAUAUCAUAUGAGGGAUUCAAUAUUACAUUCUCUGAAUAUAACCUUGAACCUUGUGAAGAUCCUGGGAUUCCUCAAUAUGGGAACCGAAUCGGGUUCAGCUUCGGGGUUGGUGACACUCUGACCUUCACCUGCUCAUCAGGUUAUCGACUGGAAGGGACAUCGGAGGUCAUCUGUCUUGGCGGCGGCCGCCGAGUGUGGAGUGCACCUCUGCCAAGGUGUGUGGCUGAAUGUGGUGCAUCUGCAACAAAUAAUGAAGGAAUUUUGCUCUCUCCAAAUUACCCACUCAACUAUGAAAACAACCAUGAAUGCAUUUAUAGUAUUCAGGUUCAAGCAGGAAAGGGGAUCAAUAUUUCAGCCAGAACAUUUCAUUUAGCACAAGGAGAUGUUCUUAAGAUUUAUGAUGGAAAAGAUAAAACAACUCAUCUAUUAGGUGCUUUCACUGGAGCGUCUAUGCGAGGACUGACUCUUAGUAGUACUUCAAAUCAGCUCUGGCUAGAAUUUAAUUCUGAUUCUGAAGGGACAGAUGAAGGCUUUCAACUUGUCUAUACCAGUUUUGAACUUUCACAUUGUGAAGACCCUGGCAUUCCACAAUUUGGAUACAAGAUCAGUGACCAAGGCCACUUUGCCGGUAGCACUAUCAUUUAUGGAUGCAAUCCCGGCUACACUCUCCAUGGAAGUAGCCUUCUCAAGUGCAUGACUGGGGAGAGAAGGGCAUGGGACUACCCUCUGCCUUCCUGUAUUGCUGAAUGUGGAGGUCGUUUCAAAGGAGAAUCAUCAGGAAGAAUCUUAUCUCCCGGUUACCCCUUUCCAUAUGACAAUAAUCUGCGUUGCAUGUGGAUGAUUGAAGUGGAUCCAGGAAACAUUGUCAGCCUACAGUUUCUUGCUUUCGAUACGGAAGCAUCACAUGAUAUACUCCGAGUUUGGGAUGGUCCACCAGAAAAUGAAAUGCUUUUAAAGGAAAUUAGUGGAUCUCUUAUUCCUGAAGGAAUCCAUAGCACCCUCAAUAUUGUAACCAUCCAGUUUGACACGGAUUUUUAUAUCAGCAAAUCUGGAUUUGCAAUUCAGUUUUCAAGUUCUGUUGCCACUGCAUGUCGUGAUCCGGGUGUUCCCAUGAAUGGAACUCGAAAUGGGGAUGGACGAGAACCUGGGGACACUGUUGUCUUUCAAUGUGACCCAGGAUAUGAGCUUCAAGGAGAGGAAAGAAUAACCUGCAUUCAGGUAGAAAAUCGAUACUUCUGGCAGCCCAGCCCACCAGUCUGUAUAGCACCCUGUGGAGGCAAUUUAACAGGAUCUUCAGGCUUUAUUCUCUCGCCAAACUUCCCUCAUCCAUAUCCCCACAGCAGGGACUGCGACUGGACCAUCACUGUCAACACAGACUAUGUCAUCUCCUUGGCCUUUAUCAGUUUCAGCAUAGAACCAAACUAUGACUUCCUCUAUAUACAUGAUGGGCCAGACAGCAAUAGCCCGCUAAUUGGAAGUUUUCAAGAUAGCAAGUUACCAGAGAGAAUAGAAAGCAGCUCCAAUACCAUGCAUUUGGCUUUUCGGAGUGAUGGGUCUGUGAGUUAUACUGGAUUUCAUUUAGAAUAUAAAGCAAAACUCCGAGAGUCCUGCUUUGAUCCAGGCAAUAUAAUGAAUGGCACCAGACUUGGGAUGGAUUAUAAAUUAGGGUCAACAGUCACCUAUUACUGCGAUGCUGGUUAUGUUCUUCAAGGUUAUUCAACACUCACCUGUAUCAUGGGAGAUGAUGGAAGACCUGGAUGGAAUAGAGCCUUACCAAGCUGUCAUGCACCAUGUGGAAGUCGCUCAACAGGUUCAGAAGGCACUGUCCUAUCACCAAACUAUCCAAAAAAUUACAGUGUGGGACAUAAUUGUGUUUAUUCUAUAGCAGUUCCCAAGGAAUUUGUGGUGUUUGGCCAGUUUGUAUUUUUCCAGACAUCACUCCACGAUGUUGUUGAGGUGUAUGAUGGGCCAACUCAGCAAUCUGCUCUGUUAUCUUCCCUCUCAGGAUCCCAUUCAGGAGAAUCACUUCCACUGAGUUCAGGUAAUCAGAUCACAAUUCGAUUUACUUCAGUUGGACCAAUAACAGCUAAGGGAUUUCACUUUGUUUAUCAAGCUGUUCCUAGAACAAGUUCUACACAGUGCAGUUCUGUGCCUGAACCAAGAUUCGGAAGAAGGAUUGGCAAUGAAUUUGCUGUUGGUUCAUUGGUUCUUUUUGAAUGCAAUCCAGGAUAUAUUCUCCAUGGAUCCAUUGCAAUUAGGUGUGAUACAGUGCCCAAUUCUUUGGCCCAAUGGAAUGAUUCCUUACCCACCUGUAUUGGAACAACAAUACCUCAUCUUUUGAACAGUACAUCUAACAACCUAUACCUGAAUUUCCAAUCAGACAUCAGUGUUUCCGCUGCUGGAUUUCACCUUGAAUACACAGCAAUUGGUUUGGAUUCCUGUCCGGAACCACAAACUCCCAGCAAUGGAAUUAAAAUUGGAGACAGAUACAUGGUUGGUGAUGUGGUAUCAUUUCAGUGUGAUCAAGGCUAUUCUCUGCAGGGUCAUUCUCACAUAACAUGUAUGCCUGGACCUGUAAGAAGAUGGAAUUACCCAAUCCCCAUUUGUUUGGCUCAGUGCGGUGGUGCGAUGUCAGAUUUCAGUGGUGUGAUUCUCAGCCCGGGGUUUCCUGGAAAUUACCCCAGCAGUUUAGAUUGCACGUGGACAGUAAAGCUGCCUGUAGGUUUUGGUGUACAUCUCCAGUUUGUAAAUUUUUCUACAGAAACUAUACAUGAUUAUUUGGAAGUAAGAAGUGGAACCUCAGAGACUAGCACUGUUAUUGGCCGACUUAGUGGUCCUCAAAUCCCAUCAUCCUUAUUCAGCACAACUCAUGAAACAAGCCUGUACUUUCACAGUGACUAUUCACAAAACAAACAAGGGUUCCACAUUGUAUACCAAGCCUAUCAGUUGCAAAGCUGUCCUGACCCACGCCCAUUUCGCAAUGGCUUUGUCAUUGGCAGUGAUUUCACUGUGGGUCAAACCGUUUCCUUUGAAUGUUUCCCUGGAUACACGCUGAUUGGAAAUUCAGCUCUCACUUGCCUUCAUGGAGUGAGUCGCAAUUGGAAUCACCCACUUCCAAGGUGUGAAGCUCUUUGUGGAGGGAAUAUAACUGCUAUGAAUGGCACCAUUUAUUCUCCUGGUUAUCCAGAUGAAUACCCCAACUUUCAAGACUGUUUUUGGCUUGUACGAGUACCCCCUGGGAAUGGAAUCUACAUCAAUUUCACUGUCCUUCAAACAGAGCCAGUCUAUGAUUUCAUUACUGUAUGGGAUGGGCCAGAUCAAAACUCGCCUCAGAUUGGGCAGUUCAGUGGCAACACUGCUUUGGAGUCAGUCUAUAGCACUUCAAACCAGAUCCUCAUCAAAUUCCACAGUGAUUUCACAACCAGUGGCUUUUUUGUGCUCAGUUAUCAUGCCUAUCAACUAAGAGUGUGCCAACCUCCACCACCCGUACCUAAUGCUGAAAUUUUGACAGAAGAUGAUGAAUUUGAAAUAGGUGAUAUUAUUAGGUACCAGUGUCUUCCAGGAUUCUCUUUGGUGGGCAAUGCAAUUCUCACAUGCAGAUUAGGAGAGCGGCUCCAGAUGGAUGGAGCACCUCCAGCUUGUCAAGUGCUCUGUCCCGCCAAUGAAUUGCGGCUAGAUUCCACGGGAGUCAUAUUGAGCCCUGGGUAUCCUGACAGUUACCCAAAUCUUCAGAUGUGUGCCUGGAGCAUUUCCGUGGAAAAGGGAUAUAAUAUCAGCAUGUUUGUAGAAUUCUUCCAGACAGAAAAGGAAUUUGAUGUUCUUCAGGUGUAUGAUGGACCAAAUAUUCAAAGUCCCCUGCUUAUUUCCCUCAGUGGCGAUUAUUCAUCUGCUUUUAAUAUAACAAGCAACGGCCAUGAGGUAUUUCUUCAAUGGUCAGCAGAUCAUGGCAAUAACAAAAAAGGCUUCCGGAUCAGAUAUAUAGCUUUCUACUGUAGUACACCAGAAUCCCCACCUCAUGGGUACAUCAUCAGUCAGACAGGUGGGCAACUCAACAGUGUGGUCCGCUGGGCCUGUGACCGAGGAUUCCGACUCGUUGGGAAAAGCAGUGCCGUGUGCAGGAAGUCUUCCUAUGGGUAUCACGCAUGGGAUGCGCCUGUCCCUGCUUGUCAAGCAAUUUCCUGUGGGAUCCCUAAAGCUCCAACAAAUGGAGGAAUACUCACAACAGACUACUUAGUAGGAACCCGAGUUACCUAUUUUUGCCAUGAUGGAUAUAGAUUGUCAUCUAAGGAACUUACCACUGCUAUAUGUCAAUCAGAUGGAACUUGGAGCAAUCAUAACAAGACCCCUCGCUGUGUUGUUGUCACAUGUCCAAGCAUCAAUUCCUUUACCUUGGAACAUGGAAGAUGGCGAAUUGUGAAUGGCUCCCACUAUGAAUACAAAACCAAGGUAGUUUUCAGCUGUGACCCUGGUUAUCACGGACUAGGUCCUGCUUCUAUUGAAUGCCUUCCGAAUGGUACCUGGAGUUGGAGAAAUGAAAGACCAUAUUGCCAAAUUAUUUCCUGUGGAGAACUACCUACUCCUCCAAAUGGAAAUAAGAUCGGAACUCAAACCUCAUAUGGCUCCACAGCCAUCUUCACCUGUGAUGCGGGAUUCAUUCUCGUGGGCUCUGCUGUACGGGAAUGCCUCUCGUCGGGUCUUUGGAGUGGAUCUGAGACCAGAUGCCUAGCGGGUCACUGUGGAAUUCCAGAACUCAUUGUGAAUGGUCAAGUCAUUGGAGAAAAUUAUGGAUACAGAGACACAGUUGUUUAUCAAUGUAAUCCUGGUUUUCGAUUGAUUGGUUCUUCAGUGAGAAUAUGUCAGCAGGAUCACAAUUGGUCUGGUCAACUCCCAUCCUGUGUGCCUGUCAGCUGUGGUCACCCUGGUAGUCCGAUUUAUGGAAGAACAAGUGGAAAUGGAUUCAACUUUAAUGAUGUGGUAACGUUCUCUUGCAAUAUUGGGUAUCUCAUGCAAGGGCCAACAAAGGCACAGUGCCAGGCCAACAGACAGUGGAGCCACCCCCCACCAGUGUGCAAAGUGGUGAACUGUUCUGAUCCUGGAAUUCCACCCAAUUCCAAAAGAGAAAGUAAAAUAGAACAUGGAAACUUCACCUAUGGUACUGUUGUCUUCUAUGACUGCAAUCCUGGAUAUUUUUUAUUUGGAUCUUCAGUUUUGAUAUGUCAACCCAAUGGACAGUGGGACAAACCUUUACCGGAAUGUAUCAUGAUUGACUGUGGACACCCUGGCGUUCCUCCUAAUGCAGUCCUGUCUGGGGAGAAGUAUACCUUUGGGUCCACUGUUCACUAUUCCUGCACCGGAAAGCGUAGCCUUCUAGGCCAUUCAUCAAGGACCUGCCAGUUAAAUGGCCAUUGGAGUGGAUCACAGCCUCAUUGUUCAGGUGAUGCUACUGGUACAUGUGGGGACCCGGGUACCCCUGGUCAUGGUUCUAGACAGGAAAGCAAUUUCAGAACCCAAAGUUCUGUACAUUUUGCUUGUGAUACUGGUUAUAUCCUUCAUGGUUCAGAAGAAAGAACAUGUUUGGCCAAUGGCAGCUGGACUGGAAGGCAGCCAGAAUGCAAAGCUGUACAGUGUGGUAACCCAGGAACAACAGCCAAUGGAAAGGUCUUUCGGAUUGAUGGCACAACAUUUUCCAGUUCGAUCAUUUAUUCCUGCAUGGAGGGAUACCUCUUGUCUGGACCUUCAGUUAGACAGUGCACAGCCAAUGGAACGUGGUCUGGAACUUUGCCUAACUGUACAAUAAUCAGUUGUGGAGACCCAGGCGUCCCAGCCAAUGGACUGAGAUAUGGAGAUGAUUAUGUGGUUGGGCACAAUGUUUCGUACAUGUGCCAGCCAGGCUAUACCAUGGAAUUGAAUGGUUCCAGAAUCAGAACUUGUACAACUAAUGGCACAUGGAGUGGAGUAAUGCCAACCUGUAGAGCUGUUACCUGUGCAACUCCUCCCCAGAUCUCUAAUGGAAGGUUGGAAGGAACAAAUUUCGACUGGGGCUUUAGUAUUAGCUACAUCUGUUCUCCAGGCUAUGAGCUCUCCUUUCCUGCUGUGCUGACCUGUGUAAGGAACGGUACCUGGGGUGGGGAAGUGCCACAGUGCUUACCGAAGUUCUGUGGUGACCCUGGUACACCUGCCCAAGGAAAGCGAGAAGGCAAAAGCUUUAUCUACCAGUCGGAGGUUGCUUUCAGCUGCAAUUCUCCUUUCAUAUUAGUGGGAGCGAGCACCAGGAUUUGCCAAGCGGAUGGCACUUGGAGUGGUUCCUCACCUCACUGCAUAGAACCAACUCGUACGUCAUGUGAAAACCCAGGGGUGCCCCGGCAUGGAUCUCAGAACAGUACAUUUGGAUUUCAAGUGAGUGCUUUAAAUAAAUAUUUCCAUUUACCAAACAGCAUUAGUCCUCGUUAUAUGGACAAAGAAGCUGAAACAGCCCACAGCUGUAAGCAGCCGGAAACUCCUGUUCAUGCAAAUGUAGUAGGAAUGGACCUUCCAUCCCAUGGGUAUACACUGGUUUAUACCUGUCAGCCUGGCUUCUUCUUAGCAGGUGGAACAGAACACAGGGUGUGUAGAUCUGAUAACACCUGGACUGGAAAAGUUCCUGUUUGUGAAGCUGGUUCCAAAAUAUUAGUGAAAGACCCCAGACCUGCACUCGGAACACCCAGCCCUAAGCUAAGUGUUCCUGAUGACGUGUUUGCCCAAAAUUAUAUAUGGAAAGGCUCUUACAACUUCAAAGGCAGGAAACAACCCAUGACCUUGACAGUCACUAGUUUCAAUGCUUCCACUGGGAGAGUGAAUGCCACACUCAGCAACAGCAACAUGGAACUGCUACUGUCAGGUGUGUAUAAAAGCCAGGAAGCUCGCCUAAUGUUACACAUCUAUCUUAUUAAAGCACCAGCUCAUGCUUCUGUGAAGAAAAUGAAGGAGGAAAGUUGGUCUAUGGAUGGCUUUGUUUCUGCUGAGCCUGAUGGAGCUACUUAUGUGUUUCAAGGAUUUAUUCAGGGCAAAGAUUAUGGGCAAUUUGGACUCCAAAGACUGGGAUUGAAUAUGUCAGAGGGUUUAAAUUCUUCGAAUCAACCUCAUGGUACAAAUAGUAGUUCUGUGGCCAUUGCUAUUCUUGUGCCUUUUUUUGCACUUAUAUUUGCAGGAUUUGGAUUUUAUCUUUAUAAACAAAGGACUGCACCCAAAACACAGUACACAGGCUGUUCGGUUCAUGAAAAUAACAAUGGCCAAGCAGCGUUUGAAAACCCCAUGUACGACACCAGUGCCAAGUCCGUGGAAGGGAAGGCUGUGCGAUUCGAUCCCAAUUUGAACACGGUCUGCACGAUGGUAUAACAUGACAGCCUUCUUCAGAAGCUUGGAAGUCGACACCCAAAACAGUGCACAUUAGUUCACUGGU